GUUUACGCCUGCGAUAAGCUGGCAACAAAAGCCAGAUCUGCCCUCAGUUGAUAAUUGACUUGCGACUCGGACAGUCCUACUUUAAAUCCGGGCAAACACAUAUUAAAAUGUUGGCACAUUUGAGAAAUCUUUCCAAGCUGGCGCUGCCCCGCCGACUGGUCACCCAAUCCGCCAGCUACUCCUCAUCGUCCACAUCGUUCCUGAUCGACCAACCGGAAUACAGUUUCCUUAAGGAACUGGGCCUAGAGCGGGAUAAUCCGGGUGUUUAUUCCGGUCAGUGGCAGGGGCGCGGUCCCUCCAUCACCAGCUACGAUCCCGGAACUGGCCAGCCGAUUGCCACAGUGCGUCAGGGAAAUGUCCAGGAACUGGAUCAGACCAUCGGCUUGGCCGUGGAGGCCUACAAGCAAUGGCGUCAGGUUCCGGCGCCCGUGCGAGGUGAAAUCGUCCGGCAAAUCGGAGAUGAGCUGAGGAAGUACAAGGAACCGCUGGGCAAGCUCGUCUCCCUGGAGGUGGGCAAGAUCUACAGCGAGGGUCAGGGUGAGGUUCAGGAGUUCAUCGACAUCUGCGACUAUGCGGUGGGUCUGUCCAGGAUCUAUUCCGGUCAGUUGAUCAACUCCGAGCGGGCCGAUCACUCGAUUCUGGAAGCCUGGCGUCCACUUGGUGUGGUGGGCGUCAUUUCGGCCUACAAUUUCCCCAAUGCCGUCUUCGGUUGGAAUGCGGCCAUUGCGCUGACUACUGGCAACAGUGUCCUGUGGAAGGGAGCUCCCAGCACGCCCUUGGUCUCGGUGGCCACCACCAAAAUUGUGGCCGAUGUGCUGCGCAGGAACAAUCUCCCGCCGGUGGUGUCCCUUUGCCAAGGUGGAACCGAUGUGGGUCAGACUUUGGUGGCUGACAAGAGAGUGAACCUCGUGUCCUUCACUGGCAGUUGCCAAACUGGACGAGAUGUGGGCGUGGAGGUCCAGCGCAGGUUCGGCAAAGUCAUCCUCGAGUUGGGCGGUAAUAAUGCCCUGAUCAUCGAUGAAUCAGCUAACGUGAAAAUGGCCCUGGAUGCAGCACUCUUUGGUUGUAUUGGCACCAGUGGUCAGCGAUGCACCACCACCAGAAGGAUUAUUGUGCACGAAAAGCUGCACGAUCAGUUUGUGAAGGCGCUGGUUGGCAAAUAUAAACAGCUAAUACCCAAGAUUGGCCACCAGUUGGAGGCACAAACUCUGGUCGGUCCCGUGCACACGCAACAGAACGUGGAGAAUUACAAAACGGCCAUUGAGGAGGCGAAAUCCUUGGGCGGAACAGUGGCCUUUGGCGGCAAGGUUAUCCAGCGCGAUGGCUUCUACGUGGAGCCCACUGUGAUCACUGGCUUGGCCCACGAUGCCAGCGUUGUCCAUCGCGAAACCUUUGCACCCAUCGUGUACAUCCUCAAGGUCAAGAACGUGGACCAAGCGAUCGAAUGGAACAACGAGGUGGAGCAGGGUUUGUCCUCUGCCAUCUUCACCGAGGACAUCGGACAGGCAUUCAAGUGGAUUGGAGCCAGGGGUUCGGAUUGUGGCAUCGUCAACAUCAACACCACCACCAAUGGCGCCGAGAUUGGCGGAGCUUUUGGUGGAGAGAAGGCCACCGGAGGUGGUCGGGAAUCCGGUUCGGAUGCCUGGAAACAGUACUGCAAGCGGGCCACCAUCACAGUCAAUCACUCCGGCGAAUUGGCCUGCGCCCAGGGCGUUGUCUUCAAUGUGGAGUAGAAAAGAGAUAUGAUCAAUUUUAAUAUUUUCCUAUUUGCUACAAUUUAAAAUACAUAAAUAAUGUCCAAAAUUAAA